AUGCCAGGGCAUGGUCGCAUCGCGGCCGCCUCGCCUGCCUUGUCUACCUGCGGGACGAGGAUGUGGACGCAGCCGGUGUGGAGCACAUCGAGGCCCACCUCUCCCCCCUCCUCCACGGAGACUCGGAAGCCAGUGGCGGCACCGUGGCUGCCGUCCCCGCCGGCUCCAUCCCGCACGCCGACCGGCGCCUCCACCAUCUCAUGUAUGCCAACGGCGACCAGGAGCGUGUGUUCCCAACUCCCUUGGUGCGUGCUCAUGUAUGUCGAGCCCGACACCAUGGGCUCCGUGCACACGGGGUCCUACGGCCAGAUCUUCCGCCUCGACAACUUUGUCUUCGGCCAGUCCGGCGCCGGCAACAACUGGGCCAAGGGCCCCUACACCGAGGGCGGGGAGCUCAUCGACUCCGUCCUCGACGUCGUCCGCAAGGAGGCCGAGAACUGCGCUGCCUCCAAGGUGUGCCACUCCCUCGGCGGGGGCACCGGUUCCAAGAUCAGGGAGGAGUACCCGGGCCGGAUGAUGCUCACCUUCUCCGUGUUCCCAUCUCCAAAGGUCUCUGACACGGUGGUCGAGCCCUACAACAUCACUCUCUCGGUUCACCAGCUGGUGGAGAACGCCGACGAGUGCAUGGUGCUGGACAACAAGGCGCUCUACGACAUUUGCUUCCGCACCCUCAAGCUAACCACACCUAGCUGUAAGCAAAUCUGUGACAUCAAGCUAUAUUACCUGCCUGUACUUUUUUACCUGCCUGUACUUUUUUACUAA